AUGAAGUACCAUCUCUUGUGCUCCUUGCUUGCCGCUGGAACAUUGGCGCUUCCAGGCAACAUUGUUGCUCGAUCUGCCACUGCAUCCAUCUCGCCAAGUGCACCUGCAACUACCGCUCAGACUACUACUGCUGAGACUACCACUACCACUGCCGAAACUUCCACCACGACUACAGAAUCACAAGCCGAGGCCACCAAUGUGGCAAUCUGUGAGCACAACGGCAUGACCAGAGAAAAUUGGAUAAAGUAUGAUUUGGACAAGUGGACAAGUUUCUUCGCGACAUACUUCCCUCAAAAUGUUUACAACCACGACAAGGAAGAAUUCCCUAAUGACGUCUUCUCGGACUACAUGAUCUAUCAAGCUGCUUGGGGCAACGAACACUGCACUGUUGGUGAUCCAACAUGUGAUAUCAAUGUUGGCGACGUCAGCGCUUGCAAGAGUUUCACAGGAGAUUCAACCAUGCCUAAUAUAUACUUCAUUCUUGGAGCAAUUAAAAACUUCUGGGAAUGGUCGACUGCAGUCUCUAACAGCGUCAGAGUACUGGGUGCCAGCUGGCAAGGUCGCGCGAAUGAUGUUGUCAACACUUUCACUGAGCAUGAUGUGUCAACCGAUAGCCAAAGUGCUGGUAUGGCUCUGGCUGGCAAUGUCUUGACCAUGCUCACCCCUAUGACUAUUAUGUGUGAAGCAUGUAGUGCGACGUCUUCUCUGUAUGGUGCUGCAUCAGGUGCCCAGGCAAUCCAUGACGCCGCUCAGCAGAGUGCGCCCGAAAUGUGA